UUAAAAUGUAAUUAGAGAAACAAGUUCAGGGGAGAAAUCCCUAAGCCUAGGCAAAACCCAGACAAGAAGAGUCCAAAUAAUAAUCCCCAAUUAAGUAAGCAUUCGGAGAAAAGCAGCUCAGAAAUGGAGACGGCGGAGAACGGCGGCGAUAAUGGUAAAAUCCACAUAAACAGCCACUGGUAUUGGGCCAUAGCAAGUGUAUCCCAGCUGGGUUGGGCAGUAUCUUCGUAUCGGAAAGGUUAUACCGGCGACCAUCGUUUCAUGCCCUUAAAAGCCUUCGCCGUAGCUUCACUGUUCCUUGGCGCCUCUGCCUCUGCAUCCGUCGCUUUCCUAAAAGCCUCCGGCAUUCACAAAGUCGAAGAUUUGAUGGGUGUAGGUGCAAGUAUAAGAAGUGGACUUGGAAUUCGGCCGAGGACAGGCGACAAAUGAGUCCCUUUUUUGCCCUUUCUGUUUUCAAGGUCUUUUCUAGUUUACAUCUUUCUUCCAUUUAUUUUUUUCAGUUUGGAAAAUCUAUAAUCUUUAUCAUAAUAAUCGAACAAUUAGCUUUUAGACUCUCAAUCUCUGUUAUUCAGUCUCAAUAACUAAGUUGUUAAGAGACUUGAGGAUAGCUUGUAAUGGAAAGGACAUGUCUAAUACUCAACCCUAACCUGAUAGAAAAAAUGUAAUCCAGUGCUGAACAUAGAAUUGCAAUGGCAGCCUUAACAGAUUGCUUCAAAAAUUAUUUAGAAUCAUAUGCAAUUUAGCUGUCUGUUGAACUGUUUCAUAUUUACUAUUGGAGCACCCAAAUCAUAGAAAACCUAGCUAGCAUCGCCUGGCGCUGUGUAGUCUCCUUCCUCUGGUGGAGGCUCUCCUGUUCCCUCCCGUGGUAGAGUGGAACUCUCUACAGCGUGGUAUAGCUCUUUCUCCCUUUUUGUUUCCCAUGCCUUCUGGUCCUUGUGGUGUUGCUGGCUGCCGAUUGAGGUCUCAUUGUUGCUGGAAGAUGGUUUUGGGCUAGCAUGAUGUCACUCUGUUGAAGAGCUUUAUACACUUUCUUGCUUUGGAUGUGAAAAUCCUUUGGUUUUGGUUCUCAAAUGCAUUUGGAUAUCAUACUGAAUGACUGCUCCCUUGGGGAUUUGAUUUCCUCUCCUCAAAAAAUCGAUUUGUCUUCUUUUUUGGGUUUUUCUUUGGCGAUCUUUAGUGUCUUGUUUGGGUAUGGUUUCUCUGUUUAGAGAAGUGUUCGUACCCAUUGCUGAUGGGGUUUUUCCCUGGGCUGAUUUUCUUUUGAGAUUGUUUCUUGUCAUUUCGAGAUGCUUUGCCCGAGUUGCUAGCUAAUAUGUCAAAAUCCAUGUUACUUGAAUUCAAAGGUAGAUCUCAGAAUAUAAAAACAUUUAUAACAUGAAUAUUGCUCAACUUGUUUCUAAA